AUGAGUGUGGACCCCAAUUCGACGGCGCCACCAUCAGAUGGUGAAAGUUGUUUGUUAGUGUGGUCUGAUCAGUGUGUCAUUGUGUGUCCCCUCUUCCUCCUGCGACCAGUCACGCCGGAGGCGGUGGGCUUCCUGUCGGUGGUGGGGGUCUUCAUUGCGGCCCUGGCGCUUGUCUUCCUCUUCAUCAACAAGAUGCUCUGCUUCUCCAAAGUUGGCGGAGCCCCGUGUCUGGAGCAGCAACAGCGGCGACGGCGCUCCAGGACCGAGCGCUCGCAGCUGGCACGGCAAGGCGUCGACAGGACCUCGAGCGCGGACGCUGAUGGUGGCCAAUCGUCUUCAGACAGCGACAACCAGGUGAUGAAGAACUUUGAGAUCUCCGUGUCGCGUUCGCAGAGUUUGCGAUCAGUGCCGUCCAAAGUCGGCGAACAGCCUACACGAGUUACUGAACUUCGUAAUCAGUUCUCUCAUUCAUCGGAGCAACGGGACGCCAGCACUGAGCUGUCAGAUUCUGAAGAUGUUUUCCCGCCGGCUGUCGUUGAGGCGGACGAUCAUCACAACCGUCUGGAUGACCUCCAGGGGGUGCCGGAGGGACCCAUGCUACAGCUACAGCAACAAUAUUCAUUGGCCACCGUGGAGGAAAGUCCCGCUCCCUCAGCCCCCGAACUCCCAAUCAUGGAUGGUGAUUCGGAAGACGUGGAGGCAUUACACCAUCAGACAACCGCUGUCGACGCCACGUUAGACCCUCAAGGUCAUCAGGAGCCCCGCCUACAAGACGCCACCCCCCCGCCGGAGACUGUCUCCUCUCCACGGCAACUAGUCUCCAAGUGCUGCGACCUGCUGGUUUCGCUGGAGUACCGGGCAGCGACUGAGAAGCUGCUGGUCACUGUCACUUCGGCGCGAGAUCUACCUGACCGGCGUCGCAGCGGGAUGGAGGCAUGGCAGGUCCACGUGGUCCUCAUGCCAGCCAAGAAGCAGCGACACAAGACUUCAUUGAAGCGGGUGGUCUCGGGCCACCCGGACGCUCCGGCGCCGCUUGUCUUCGGCCAGACCUUCGCCUUGACGCACGUGGAAGCCUCACGGCUGGCGGUGUCGGCACUCCGCUUUCGCAUGUAUGCGCUGGAGGGAAGGAUGGCCCGGCGGAGGAUGAUGGGCGAGAAGCUUCUGCCUCUGGCCAGCGUGGACCGGGCCGGAGGAUCCUCUGACCUCCAUCUGGUCCUUGAACCUCGCUGCAACAUCAAGAGCCUGGAUUCAGAACUGAGCCUGGUGGGUGACGGCGCCUCAUCUACUCAGUCGCUGACCCACGGCGCCGUCCCCGAGCUCCUGAUGGGCCUCUCGUACAGCGCCGCCACUGGGAGGAUGUCUGUGGAAAUCAUCAAGGGAAGCCACUUCAGGAACGUGGCAGCCAACAGACCUCCGGACACAUUCGCCCGGUUGACGCUUCUGAACUCGGUGGGCCAUGAGAUCUCACGCUGCAAGACAUCCGUGCGGCGCUGUCAACCCAACCCGGUGUACAAGGAGACCUUCGUGUUCCAGGUGGCACUCUUCCAGCUGUCGGACGUUACGCUGAUGGCGUCCGUGUACAGCCGGCGAAGCCUCAAGCGCAAGGAGAUGAUCGGCUGGGCCGCCCUGGGCCAGAACAGCAGCGGCGAGGAGGAGCGUCUUCACUGGAGGGACAUGAGGGACGGCCGCGGGACGCAAGUAUGCAGGUGGCACGUCCUCCUGGAAGCGUGA